AUGAACCGAGCAGCGAGGGUUCGUCGUCGGCACCAACUGUAUCAGGCAAUGUCCCUGUUACGACAGAGAGUGUACCGGGACCGAGAGAACCCGCUGGAGUCGAUGGUGCUCCUCACGCUGCAGUAUCUCGCAACCGGGGACUUUCUAAUCACGGUAGGUGACAUAGUGAGUGUGCAUGAGUCGACGGCGUGCUGCACAGGGUCGUCGCUGCACUUUGCAAGUCGCGUGAACAGCUUCAUCCGGUGGCCAACGGCUGAGGAAGUGAGAGCAGCGCAGCAGGACUUUUACGAGAUGGCUGGUUUUCCUGGGGUCGUGGGAGCUGUGGACGGCAUGUCCCCAAUAGGAAUUUGCCGACUGCUGAUGAUUGGCCGGCCAUCGGCAGUACCGUCGGAACACGAGGGAUCCUACGUCAACCGCAAGAACUACGAUCCCAUCAAUGUUCAAGUGAUCGUAGCGGCUGACUGUAGGAUCUUGGAUGUGGUCGCCAACUGGCCAGGAAGCACUCAUGACUCCCGGAUUUUGCGCGAAAGCACCAUUGGCAGGGAAUUUGAACGUGGGGUCCACACCGGGCUUCUCAUGUGGGACAGUGGUUACCCAUGCAAACGCUGGCUCAUGACUCCGUUUCUCCAGCCACGAGACAGGCUACAACACUACAAUGCUUCGCAUUCGACAACGUGGGCUGUCGUUGAACGGACGAUUGGCCAGCUCAAGCGGCGGUUUCACUGCCUUCACUCCGAACCGCGUGUUGCAACCCGGCACUGCUGCCCUAUCAUCACGGCGUGCUGCGUGUUGCAUAACAUCGCCAAGCAACGAAUGCAACAACUCAGGGAAAAGAGGCGCUGA